CCAUUGCCCAAAGGGACGGACGGGGUUGCCGCUCUCUCUCUGGCACAGCAUCCCUUCCUACGCUCGGCAAACACCCCUGGACACUGCCGUCUGACGGCGUGCCCACAAUAAAAUAAAGCAAUGGCGGUCUCAUUGCUUGCGCCUCGCACGGCGCAGGCGUCUUCCUUAGAUACGUCGUACAACCCCAGCUCCAAUAAGUCGAGCCUGCAGUCGUCACCUCGGCAAUACCCUACCGAGUUGACACAUCCCAUCGUGGAGGAGGGCGAUGAGACAGACAGCGAAGCCGUAAUCGAGCCUGUCACCCCCGUCAGCGGCCGUCAGUCGCAGGAUUUCCACGCCCUCGCGAGCCCGGACGGCCACCUGGACGUGGCCCAUGAGCACUUCGCCUCUGAUCAGAGCGCAGCUGCCGCCUUCCCGCCCGUCCAGCAGGGCGCUGCACCCGGCGCCAAGCCGCCUCUUGUCGUCGCCGCCUCGGCUUCACCUCCGUCAAAACCGCCGAGAAGCCCUGACCACGGUCCCAGGGGCCCCCCUCCCUCGACACCCACACCGUCGACUUUCUCGGUCAGCGACGACGCUACCGGUCCCCCCCCAACCAGGCGCUCUACCUUUGGUUCGGCGUCGAACUUCAGGCGUACCAUGUCCAGCUUCCUGAGACGUGUCGGCUCCCAGACAGACAAGGCAGCGUCGUUCGGCGUUGUCGACGGCGCUUCCGCGUCCACUUUCAACCUGCUCGAGGCCGCUCAGCGCAAGGUGCCGAGCCGCAGGUGGUCAAUGCACAGGAGCUCGGCGACCACCCGCUCCAACACGCCGCCAUCGCCCGGCUCGCCCGUCGAGAUGGCCGUCAAGUCCAAGGAGGAUGCGUCGCAGCCGACAAUACCGUGCUCCGACGCAUUCUUCAACAACAAGAAGAAGUCGGGUGCAUCGACUGGCUUCUCCUUGCGUUCUCGCGCUGCUGCCGCGAAGGAGGAGCCUUCGAGACACGAGCUGCGGCUGAGACGGCGUGCCAGCAGUCUCGAUUAUUCGAAACAGGAGCGGCCCGUGCAGAGGGAGGCCGACAAGGCCAUUCCCAUGGAGCGGUCGCUCUGGGGGCUCCCGGCCGAGACGGGCACCGGCGUGAAGGCGCGCCGCAUGAGCUUGAGCUUGCCCGACGAUUUCACCGUGGACGUGAUCGAGCUCGCAUCCGAGUUCGAGUACCAGCACAAGCUGUUCGGCCGGCACGGCAAGCACCUGGGCAAGGGCGCCACCUCCAAGGUCACAUUGAUGGUGGCCAAGAACGGCGGCGAGCUGUACGCCGUCAAGGAGUUCCGGGGAAAGUCGUCGAGCGAGACGCGCGAGGAGUACGAGAAGAAGAUCAAGUCCGAAUACACGUUGGCCAAGAGCCUGCAUCACCCCAACAUCGUCGAGACAAUACGACUGUGCAUCGACCGCGGCCGCUGGAACCACGUUAUGGAGUACUGUGAGGACGGCGACCUCUAUACCCUGGUCAACAAGAAGUACCUCAAGGCCGAGGACAGGGAAAAGGACCGGCUGUGUCUCUUCAAGCAGUUGGUGACGGGCAUCCACUACCUCCACUCGAACGGCAUCGCGCACCGCGACAUCAAGCUCGAGAACCUCCUCAUCACCAAGGAGUCGCGGCUCAAGAUCACCGACUUUGGCGUCUCGGAGGUCUUCUCGGGCAUCCACCCGGGACUCCGGGAAGCUGGCGGCCAGUGUGGCAAGAACAUGGGCGAGAUAAGGCUCUGCGCGCCCGGUAUCUGUGGCAGCCUGCCCUACAUCUCGCCAGAGGUCCUCGAGAAGAAGGGCGAGUACGACCCGCGCGGCUUGGAUGUCUGGAGUGCGGCCAUCGUCAUGGUCAACCUGAUCUUCGGCGGGCCCCUGUGGCACAGGGCCGAAGUGCCCCCGAACGCCCCACCGCAGGAUACCUACGCCAGCCUGGUCCGCGGUUGGGAGAAGUGGACGCAGAAACACGCCGAUGCUACCGAGCCGGUUAUCAGCGACAUGGACUAUCCGCACGUGUUCGUCUUUGACAACUUCGUGAAGCCUCCGGCUCUGCGGCGCGUCCUCCUCCAGAUGCUCAACCCCGACCCGCAGAAGCGAAUCUCGAUCGCCAACGUGGUCAACAACCGAUGGGUCAAGAACAUUGAGUGCUGCCAGCCGGACAGUUAUGACGAGCCCAAUGCGGCCAACAUGAUCGACGCCUCCAAGAAGCCGGGCCAGAAUCGCGUGAGUGGCAAGAAGAUCUACUGCCACAAUCACCUCCCACCCCCGGCUCAUAACUCGCAUUCGCUGGGUAAGAUGCCCGGCAGCGCUGGCUACUGAAAUCAAGAAGUCACCCAUCCCUCGCAUGAACAACCGCCUCUUCGAAAGCCAACCUUGAUUGUCUUGGCUUUAUUUUUGCACCAACAACACUUUUUAAUUGCACACGACUACUUUUUCUUCUCUUUCUUUUUUCCCGUUAGGGGAAUAUGGGAGAGCCCUUUCAAAAAGAAAAAAAAAAAACAUCAAACGGCGUUACGAGGGAUCAAGGUGCAUUGG